AUGGCUGCCUCUCAGGGAGUCUCACAGGAAGCGGCCAUCGCUGUGCUAGCCAUCCUGGGGGCAAGGGAUCACUACGCGGCCAUCGAUGCGCCACGAGAUGCUUCUCUGGCCGAGCUCCGUCGCUGCUACCUCAAAGCCUCAAUCCUCGUCCACCCAGACAAGAACUGCCACCCCGACGCCACUCGCGCUUUCCAGCGGGUAGCUGCAGCCUGGGCCACGCUCGCCGACGAAGACAAGCGCCGCGCCUACGACUAUGAGCUUGUGGAGGGAGACCAGAGCGAUGACAUCCAGAUGACGCCAGAAGAAGCUUUCGCAGCUUUCGCCUUUGCUGCAGCUUGUGCAGCUGGUGGGGCAGGGGGCGCAGGGGCUGCAGUUGGGAAUAUGGCAGAGACCUUGUUUUGGGCACAGCAGCUCGGCCAGAUGAAUGGUUGUGGGCAAGGGCCAGUGUCGCCGAUGCCAGCCUUCGGCUUCCCUUCCCCGUGCCCGUACGGCCCGUACGUGGCGGCACCAGCGGCGGGCUCUGUGGCUGCGAGCUUCGGGGGCAUCGCUCUGUCGGUGGGCCUUUGGUCUGCAGGGCUGGCCAUCAGUAUCGUGGGCUUGCCACGCAUUGGCGGUUUUGCUCGGCGCUUGGCGCUGCUGCAAGGGAUUAGCCAGGUGGUCAUUGUCUCGCAGGUGCCGGCUGUCCGCACUGCUGCUUGCACAGCUGCGUCGCUCGGAGCAGCCCGAGUUCAGGAGGCAGCAGGAUACUUUGCAGAUCAGCAUCCACAGAUGAGCAGCAUCGCCAAGAAGGUGAAGGCUCGGAUCUGCGAAUCCGCAGAUUCACUCCACCACGUCGUGGACAGCCACAUCAGCAUAGCCGGGGUAGCCGAGCGGGUGAAGACGCACGGCACCGCGGCAGUCACGAAGGUUCGGAGGCUGGUGGAUCAGAGCUGUAAGACUUCCGAUAUCUGGCCCGGCCAGUCCUGCUUGGGCUGGAACCCAGAGGAGAGUGACAGCGAAGAGGAGGACACCUGGUACGUCCAGAACAUGAGGCUUCGCAGGCAACGCACCUGGAAGCCGCGUGCAGGGACCUGGGUAAAGCUCUCCAACUUGCAGAGGGCACGUCACCUGGAAGGCUCCCUCGGUGAGGUUCUCGCAUUCGAUCGCGACAGCGGCCGAUAUCUUGUGCAGCUUUUCCCUCUCAAGAACACACCAAAGGACUCCAGCCCAGAGCCUGACGAGCCACAUGAGCCACGUGAGCCGCCCGAGCCACCCGUUGUCUCCAAGUUGGUCCUGCUGCAGAAUCUGCGGCCGGCCUUCGACCGAUCCUCAAAGCCGCCAAGCAGCGAAACUCACUUCAUUUGA